CUUCAACAAAAACAGCCACCUCGGUACAUUUAGGCGCCAUUGUCGGCAAACAGACCUUUAGAGUUUUCUUGAUCACAUGUUUCUUUCAUGUGGUCUUUAGCUAGAUCACAAUCAUAAACGUGAUGAACUCGAUGGCUGGUAUAUAUUUACCAACAGUAGCUAACUGUUUGGUUCAAACAUCAAAAAUUAAAACAUUUAAAACAGACUUCCAAAUACAGAGGGGGAAAAUGGCUCAAGGACCCAACCCCAAAGACUCGAUGAAGUCCACAUGGCGCACCGCCGACAAAAGCACCUGGACCUUAAAUCACCACAUCAUCAACUUUAUCAACGUAUACCCAACCUCACUAGAUAAGGCGAUCCCAGUGCAUCCCAAACAGGACAAAGUACCGCAUCUUUCGCAGUGGCCGCAGCAUGCUUGGGUGCUGUUCUAUGGCGCCAUUCCUUUGCUCCUCCACCAAGCCCUGCUCUCCCAUACGAGCAUGAAAGGGGGGCUUAGCCACCUCACUAUCUUUGCCCUCUACUUCAUGUCGUUCAAUAUCAUCGUUAUUCGCGAAGUACACGUCCUACGCCGCCUCGGCCACCUUUAUGGCUUUCUCGACGGUGAUGUACACGAGCGCGAUGGCAUACCGGACGUUGGAGUCUCCAGAAUCGCCCAAUCGCUGUACAAGACCACCGGCUCCCGCCUGGUAAUGGUUACUUGGCUGGGAUAUAACCCUAAAAUAUCCCCGAUCGAUGCCCUGAGCUCCUGGCAAUGGUGGGCCUGGCUGUCGCUCGAAAUUGGGCUGUAUGGUAUUGUCCUCGACUUCUGGUUUUAUUGGUACCACCGCGCCAUGCACGAUGUCAACGGCCUGUGGCAAUUUCACCGUACGCACCAUUUGACGAAACAUCCUAAUAUGCUCCUCUCUGCCUAUGCCGACCACGAGCAGGAGUUCUGCGAUAUGGUCGUCGUACCAUUCAUGACGUAUCUGACUUUACGUGCUAUCGGGUUGCCACUAGGGUUUUAUGAGUGGUGGGUUUGCCACCAGUAUAUUGCUUAUACAGAGGUUUUUGGACACAGUGGUCUACGGGUACAUUUGACCGCUCCGUCAACGUUGAGCUGGCUGUUGAAUAUGUUUGAUGCCGAAAUCGGAAUUGAGGAUCACGAUCUGCAUCAUCGGAAGGGCUGGAGAAAGAGUCACAACUACGGGAAACAAACUCGUCUUUGGGAUCGUAUCUUCGGCACAUGUGGUGAGAAGAUUGAGGGUGUUGAUGGCAAUGUUGAUUACGUUAAUCAGGCGCAUAUGCCUAUUUUCUAAUUAAAUCUGUUCGGGCCUAAUCGUUGGAAACGACCCCUGAAGUUUACAGGGUCGGGCGGGGUAAGCAAACGGCGUUCGCGAUCACCAAAACUUGUGUAAGUACCAUUACAUAGUAGUUUAUAUGAAAAGAGA